CACUUGCACACACUACACUACACUCUCGUUUAGAUUCAUGUUUUCCCUUUCACCGCUUAUUAGGUCAUUUCCAAAUUGGUUUCAAGUCCCCAACCUUGAGGAUUGCGAUGUCGACCUUUCGAUUCACUCGCCCUGGCUUCUUCUCUUCCGUAGACGGUGGAAGACAUGAAGGAAUCGACUCGACUUCUUUGCUUUUGUAAGAGAAAAAUGACAGAAUUGGUUGGGAAGAACUUGUUUGCAAUACUAAACGUUUUUUUAGUAAAUAGAGAGCAACCAUGUCUGCAGACGAUGUACGGCUAAAGGCGGAAAUCAAGGGGCUCCUAAAGGAGGCCGCUGCUUUAUCACAGCCUUCUACAUUUGCACAGGCCGCAAAGAUGAGAAGAAUGGCAGCUACCAAAGAGAAAGAGCUUGCAAAAAGCAUAGAAAUGCACAGUAAGGAGUUAAGUUUUUCAUUUCAUAUGUAUGAAAAAGGCCUAUUAAUGUUGAAGGCCAUCACAUACCUUGUACUAGUUCUAUGGUUUUGGCAUGUUCCUGUGGGCUCUAUAUCCAAUGAGCUUAUACAACCUUUUGGUAAAGUUUUAUCUUGGCUAGCUGGAGGCCCAACAAACAACUAUACCAUGGUUGGGAUUAUUCCAUGGAUUUUUGUGUCUAGCAAGGCCAGCAGAUUCUUGCUCAAAAGAGUACUAAAAUAGGAAAGGAAGUAAUUAGUGACAUUGGGCUUCUAGAUAGUAACCAAUUUUGGUGUCAUUUCUUUUAUUAUUCAGUAUUCUUGUCCAUUUUCAUGGAUAUGUUAAAGUUUGGUACUCUCAUAGCAUUAUUGAUUGAUUGAUCUAAUAUAUGAGGUGAUUGUGUUGUUAUUCAUUUUUCAAGUGUAAAUAAAUAAAUGAUAUUA